CGUCACUGCACAUUGGAGUAAACAUGGCGUCCGUGACAACAGCCACCUCAGAGUGGAUCCAGUUUUUCAAGGAUGCUGGGAUCCCGGCCGGCCUCGCUGUGACGUAUGCAGUGUCCUUUGUGGAUAACAGAAUUCAAAAGAACAUGCUGAUGGACCUGAGCAAGGACAUCAUGAUGGACCUCGGCAUCACUGUGGUCGGCGACAUCAUUGCCAUUCUCAAACACGCCAAGCUUGUGCACAGGCAGGACAUGUGCAAAAUGGCCACGGAGGCCAUCAACUCAGGACAGACCAGCGUGAAAGCAGAGCUGAGAAGAACUGCCAAUACUCCUGCUACUCGUAUGAUAGCCAACGCUCUGAGCCACGACUCGCCACCAAGCACCCCAGCCCGUCGACCCGACAACCGCCUCUCAGUCACUGUGUCCAACGUGCCAGCAAACAAGAACAGCAAAGCAGGUAAACACCAAGUUGUAAGUCAGCCGGCCGACGAAGGGAACGAGUUGGCAGCCGCGAAGCACCGGCGCGUGACCGCAGAGAUGGAAGGCAAGUACAUCGUCAACAUGCCCAAAGGCACCACGGCACGCACACGCCGCAUCCUGGCUCAACAGGCCAAGAAAGGUUUGAAGCGCACCUCAGUGUUCGCGAGACUCGGCGCUGAAGCCAAGGCGGACACGGCAGCCCACACGAAGAAGCCCACCGGCGUGUUCAGCCGUCUGGACCGAGCAGACGAAUCGGAGGAGGCGCUCGGGUCGGCGAAGAAGGCGGCGAGCGCGCAGGAGGACGACAGCGACGGGGACGGCUCCGUCCUCCAGUACGCCGGCGUCCUCAAGAAGUCGACCCCCUCCGUGAGGAGUGAGCACGCCAAAAAGCGGGCCCCGAUCACAUUGCGGCGCCUGGGCGGGAAGUUUAAACAAGCCCCGCCGGAAACGCCCACUUCCUCCUCGUGCGCCAACGGCGUCCCCCCCGCCAAGGUGAGCGUGCUUCAGAGACUGGGGAAGCUCCCCGCCACCACGCACCCGGCCGCCGCGAGCGUGGCCCCCGCGGCGGCCGACACGCAGGACAACAGGGUGACCAGCACCCGGCCCAAAGCCAAGCAGAAAGGCGGCGUCACCAGCUGUAAAGUCAGCAGCAGCAGCAGCACCGCUGCGGACUGCGCGGGCGCCCAGAUGGACUUCCAGGCUGUCAGCGUGUUUAAGAGACUGGGCGGCAAAAAGAAAUAACUCACAUCCCAAACCUUUCCCUUUUUUUUUUUUAAGGAUUGCAAAUUGAUAAGUUUGAAGUUUUAUUUUGUGUACGGACAAUGACACGUUCUUUUAUUUUUACAUUUGGUGCCACCUAAAACCUCAUUUUUUUACCCUUUGAAGCUCCUCCCCUCCUACUUUAGUGUUUGGACAGAGCUGUCCCUUUAAGGAAGUAAAUAUCCAAGUAGUAGAAAAAGAGCCUGAGGCAUAAGCACGAUGGUGAUAGUAUUUAGUUUUUUUCCUGUGAAGGAUGCUGCUCUAGUCCUCUUCAACCAUUUAUUUCUUACAAGACUUUUUUCCAUUUCAAAUCUGAACAAGUUACUUUCCCCCCUCCUUUAAUGCAGUCUGAUUACAACCCAGACCAGCAACCUGAGGGUUCCUGGUUCGAUCCCCACCUUCUACCAACCUCGCCACAUCCGUUGUGUCCUUCAGUGAGACACUUCACCCUUGCUCCUGAUGGGUGGUGGUAAGAACCCCGUAUGGCAGUUCCCGCCAUCCGUGUGUGUGAAUAGUGUCCAAGCGCUUUGAGUACCUUGAAGGUACAAACCCCGUUUCCAUAUGAGUUGGGAAAUUGUGUUAGAUGUAAAUAUAAACAGAAUACAAUGAUUUGCAAAUCCUUUUCAACCCAUAUUCAGUUGAAUAUGCUACAAAGACAACAUAUUUGAUGUUCAAACUCAUAAACUUGAUUUAUUUUUUUUGCAAAUAAUAAUUAACUAAGAAUUUCAUGGCUGCAACACGUGCCAAAGUAGUUGGGAAAGGGCAUGUUCACCACUGUGUUACAUCACCUUUUCUUUUAACAACACUCGAUAAACGUUUGGGAACUGAGGAAACUAAUUGUUGAAGCUUUGAAAGUGGAAUUCUUUCCCAUUCUUGUUUUAUGUAGAGCUUCAGUCCUUCAACAGUCCGGGGUCUCCGCUGUCCUAUUUUACGCUUCAUAAUGCGCCACACAUUUUCCAUGGGAGACAGGUGUGGACUGCAGGCGGGCCAGGAAAAUACCCACACUCUUUUACUAUGAAGCCACGCUGUUGUAACACGUGCUGAAUGUGGCUUGGCAUUGUCUUGCUGAAAUAAGCAGGGGUGUCCAUGAAAAAGACGGCGCUUUGAUGGCAGCAUAUGUUGUUCCAAAACCUGUAUGUACCUUUCAGCAUUAAUGGUGCCUUCACAGAUGUGUAAGUUACCCAUGCCUUGGGCACUAAUGCACCCCCAUACCAUCACACAUGCUGGCUUUUCAACUUUGCGUCGAUAACAGUCUGGGUGGUUCGCUUCUCCUUUGGUCCGGAUGACAUGGUGUUGAAUAUUUCAAAAAACAAUUUGAAAUGUGGACUCGUCAGACCACAGAACACUUUUCCACUUUGCAUCAGUCCAUCUUAGAUGAUCUCGGGCCCAGAGAAGCCGACGGUGUUUCUGGAUGUUGUUGAUAAAUGGCUUUCGCUUUGCAUAGUAGAGCUUUAACUUGCAGUUACAGAUGUAGCGACAAACUGUAUUUAGUGACAGUGGUUUUCUGAAGUGUUCCCAAGCCCAUGUGGUGAUAUCCUUUAGAGUUUGAUGUCUGUUUUUGAUACAGUGGAAGGUCACGGUCAUUCAAUGUUGGUUUCCGGCCAUGCCGCUUACGUGGAGUGAUUUCUCCAGAUUCUCUGAACCUUUUGAUGAUAUUAUGGAGCGUAGAUGUUGAAAUCCCUAAAUUUCUUGCAAUUGCACUUUGAGAAAGGUUGUUCUUAAACUCUUUGACUAUUUGCUCACGCAGUUGUGGACAAAGGGGUGUACCUCGCCCCAUCCUUUCUUGUGAAAGACUGAGCAUUUUUUGUGAAGCUGUUUUUAUACCCAAUCAUGGCAACCACCUGUUCCCAAUUAGCCUGCACACCUGUGGGAUGUUCCAAAAAAGUGUUUGAUGAGCAUUCCUCAACUUUAUCAGUAUUUAUUGCCACCGUUCCCAACUUCUUUGUCACGUGUUGCUGGCAUCAAAUUCUAAAGUUAAUGAUUAUUUGCAAAAAAAAAAGUUUAUGAGUUUGAACAUCAAAUAUGUUGUCUUUGUAGCAUAUUCAACUGAAUAUGGGUUGAAAAGGAUUUGCAAAUCAUUGUAUUCUGUUUAUAUUUACAUCUAACACAAUUUCCCAACUCGUAGAAAAGCGCUAUAUAAUUAUAACCCAUUUAUGUAGAACAAGCCAUAGGAAGACAUUUGACCCCCCUUUCCCCCCAUCAGCACCUGCAACAGUUGUGUUUUCAGUAUUGCUCGAUCAUUUUUCUGCGCCUCCUGCUCUUACAUUUGCAGGAAUGAAUACCUCUCAACCUCCUGGUCCACUUUUCUACCACGCCGGAGUAUUCUCUACCCGAAGGCAGCAUGUUGAGUAUUUUCCAAAUGCAAUGUAUAGAUUUACUAGCCUUGAUUUGGCACAGACUACAUCUUUAUGACACUCGAUAUUUUUCUAUGUGGAAAAUUCCCGCCUGCCCCUCAAGUAGUGUGAGCAGUGGUGGGUCAGCUGGUGCUUGGUCCCGUCCAAUCAAAUGGUGUCACCCAACACCUGUCUUGUCUUUUAGACGUCACACUUGAAUUUUGGUAAGGUUCGACACAUUUUAAAUGUUUUAUUGUCUCCUGAAACAUGAAAGAGUACAAAAAAAACAAAACAGGUUAUGCAUUAAAAAACAAAAAAGCGCCUCGUAAGAAGAAUAAAAUUAAGGGUCCACAA